CUUCCACGCACUGAUAGACGAAGAAUCCAUACAUUCACACACACUGACGAUCGAACCAAAACCCAAUUCCCAAAAAACUUCCGUGUAAAACCUCCACAGAUCUCUUCCUCCCGUGUAGAGAGAGAAAUGGCUAAGACCGACAAGGUCUCAGCGCCUUCACGGCCUACGAUCAUACUCCCACCUCGCACCUCCUUCGACUCCAUCUUCGCCGGUUUGAGCCCUGGUCCGAUGACCCUCGUCUCGAGUUUCUUCUCCGACAGCUACUCCGACUCCGACUGCCCUUCCUUCUCUCAGCUCCUGGCCGGAGCCAUGGCUUCCCCUGUUGCUGCCGAUGGUGGAAUCCCAACUCUGCCCAGCUUUUUAGCCAGUAGUUUGUCGAACGAAGUGGAUUCUGAAGAUGCGUGUGAACAGAAAUUAGGGUUUAAGCAGAAUCGGCCAGUGAAUUUGGUGGUUGCUCAUUCUCCCCUGUUUAUGGUUCCUCCUGGGUUGAGCCCUUCUGGGUUGCUUAAUUCGCCCGGUUUCUUCUCUCCACUUCAGAGCCCCUUUGGAAUGACCCACCAGCAGGCCCUAGCACAAGUUACAGCGCAGGCUGCAUUAUCUCAAUGUCAUUUGCAUGUCCAAGCCGAAUCUCAACCUUCUUCACUAGUAGCUUCUGAAGAAUCUUUGAACGACCAUCAAUCCUUUGCUUCCAACACAACCAUACAACAACAGGUGCCCACUGUGAUAUCAGAACCUGAAAGUUCCGUAAUUGAAUCAUCAGAAGUUUCUCAACCCAAUAGGAAAUCACUACCUCCUUGUGCUGCUGUUGACAAACCUGGGAAUGAUGGCUACAACUGGCGAAAAUAUGGGCAGAAACAGGUCAAGACAAGUGAUCAUCCUCGAAGCUACUAUAAAUGUACACAUCCCAAUUGUCCAGUUAAGAAGAAGGUUGAGCGUAAUUUUGAUGGGCAGAUAACUGAGAUUAUCUACAAAGGCCAGCACAAUCACGAACUUCCGCAAUCUAAUAAACGUGCAAAAGAUGGUAUUGAUAAGAACUCAAAUACAAACUCUCAGGUAAGGCGUGAACUUGGUGUGCAGGGUGAGACAGAAAUGAGCAGGGAAAAUGAAACUUUUCAUUCAGUUCCUAGGAGGGUCCAGGCGUCUACCCAACUGACACCGAUACAGUUAUCAGGAUCAAGUGAUCAUGUUGAAAUGGGUGACAUUGAAAUGAGACUAAAUCAAGCCGACAAUGAUGAACCAAAUCCCAAGAGAAGGAACAAAGAGGUCGGGACAUCUGAAGUAACCUCGUCGCAUAAUACAGUCACAGAACCCAGAAUUGUUGUGCAGACAAGGAGUGAAGUUGAUCUCUUGGAUGAUGGGUACAAGUGGCGAAAGUAUGGGCAGAAAGUGGUCAAGGGCAAUCCUCAUCCAAGGAGUUACUACAAAUGCACUUAUGCAGGAUGCAAUGUUCGUAAGCAUGUCGAGAGGGCUUCAACUGACCCCAAAGCUGUCGUAACCACAUACGAAGGGAAACACAACCAUGAUGUCCCUGGAGGUAGAAAGAGUGGUUCCAACACAGCAAAUAGUAACACAUUGCAGUUAAAAUCACAUAAGGUGGUGACUAAGAAGCCUGCUCUACUUGAAGAAAUGGAUUUUGGAAACAAAGAUGAAAGGCCGGUUCUUUUACAGCUAAAAGAAGAGCAAAUCAUAGCAUAAACUUCUAAACAAGAUUGAUUGGAUUUGAAGUGACUUGCCCAUUCACAUGGUAUAAGAUGGAGUGAUCGGGAGAGAGAGCAAUUAUUUGAAAGCUUGUUGUGAAGCCCACAAGAAUGGUUUGCUGCGUGUAUAGUAAAUGCAUUGGCUGCUAUAUGUAUCUGCACUGUAUUGUGUUAUGUAUAUGUGAAAUCUGAGCAGGGGUUGCUGUAUGUAUAGUAAAUGCGUCGCCUGCAAUAUGUAUCUGCACCUUAAUUUCUUCUGUAUGUGGGAUAUUAGGCCUUGUGUGUGUGAGUAUUUGUUCAGACUUUUGCAGAGGCAUGGAUAUAAUGUUUGAACAAGAUGUUAAGUUUCUCUC